UAUUACAUUUUCCACCUCUUUGAAACUUGAAAGAAACAAGAAACUCAUUGAUCAAGUAAGUUUUAACAUUUUUUUUUGCCUUUUUAAUUUUGUUAGAAAGAUCAGGAAAUUACCUUUCAAGGAUGAAACUUUGGAUUUGUGUUUGCUUUGCAAAAAAUGGAAGUGUAUACCAAGGUGAUUGUCAAGGCCCGAGAUCACGAUGGAGAUAGAUUCUGUCCCUUAGAAUCACUUGGUUUGCGUUAUCUAAUUCAGAGUGGACCAGAAAUAGAAAGUGAAACAGAAAAUGUAUCUCGUGGUGACUCGAAUGUAAAAGUGAGACGAAUUUGUGUGUCAAAUUUGGUAAUGGCAAUUACUCCUGCGCCAAAAGGGACAGGACCGACAAAGAAUGAUCGAGUUAAAGACAUUGACCGUGUAGCUCAACGUCCUCGUGCAAUACUAUCUAGUCCUGAGAAUGAUGAUUUGAUUGGAAAGAUGAACGAGAAGGCUUCCAAACGUCAUUCAACUCCAAAAACGGCUACUCUAAGAAGUAACAUGACUCGAGUUGAUGUAGAUAACGCACGCAUAAGAGUUCGUGGCACCAGUGUGACGUCUGACAUUCAAAAUCGUCACAAAAUGAAAGAUCACACUAGACCAUUUGUUCUCAAGGAUAAACCAUGUAUUACAAAAUUAAAACUCUAAAUCAAGGAAAAAUUCUGCUAUAUUGACUAAAA